AUGUUCAUGUAGAAGGCUGCCAGUGGAGGUGGACAUAAGAGGACAAUGCGAGAAGUCGGCUCUCCCCUUUCACUAUGUGGGUCUGAGAGAUGAAACUCAAGUCAUCAGGUAUGGUGACCGGCACCCUUAAGGACUGAGACUUUAACUGCCACCCUCCUGGGAGUCUGCCACUACUAUCCACCUGUGACGUGGAAACGGGACUCUGCUUCACUCUGUGACAAGGCCCUGGCCUGCCCUCUAUACCCUAUUCAGAGGCUGAUGCAUAAUUGUUACCAAACAAGCAUUCUCCAGACAGAGAGCAGCUCCGUGCAGAUCACAGAGCAACUUGAACUCCAGUCUAAAUACUUUGAGUAUUAUUCUGUUGGCAAAGAGGACGUGUUUGAAAGGCUUUGCUGGCAGCGGUAUGGAAUACAGACCGGGCCAAGGACGGGAAGAAGAGAACACCCAGGAGCUCUUGCAGGAACACAGGCAGAGUUGCAUGAGGCAGAAUUUGAGCAGAGGCCGAGUAUCUGCGGUGGGGAGGACACAAAGAUAAUUAAUGUGUGUUAUUAUCUCCAGGGUCCAGAUGGCCCCAGGCUCGCAUCCAGUAUAGAGAUUGUCAGGAGUUGGAGUCUGGCAAGUGUGUUAGGAGUUCUGUGCUUAUGUGCCCAGAAGCAGAUGGAAGAGGGGUACCUUUUCUCAAUGCUUGGACAGAAUAGGUACAGGGAAACAAGUGAAUGUCUGUUCUUUCCUUGUAAUGCAAACAGAACCCCUAAAGUACACACAGGAGUAUUCUUUUCCCUCCAUAUUUUGGACAGAAUUUCACAACUGUGAGAAAACCAUGAUUGUCUAUAUGGAACACGCUCAGUGCAUUGGUGCGUGAGUCAGUUAAAGCAUACAGCAUCUGCUUUCAGCUUCAUCCUUGAAAGCAACCCAGGUUCCAAGACUGAGGCUUGAGCACAUUAUUCUCGCCGGGCCUCUGGACCGAAUCCAGGUUAGAAGAAUUGGUCUGUGACUCAGAUACAUCAUAUACACUCCAGGAAAUCCUUUUCUUUUUCUUUCUGAGCUUUUACAGACCUUGACUAUAAGGUAAGCAAUUUACAUUCUUCCCUGUGACUUUCGGCCAGAUGUCUGCUAUUGUCACUGCUUUGUGAGACCCAACCACCUGGGAGCCCAGUUAUGUGGACUGGACUUGGAUUUGUCAGGGUUCUCCCUGAGGCUGGCCUGAGAUUUAUCAUCAAUAAUAUUCCUUCCCCCCCCCCCAGGGGGACUUCGCCGCAGCUGUUCACCGUGAAGCCCAGGUACACAUUAACUCCUACCUCCCAGGGGGAGAAAGAGAGAAACAUAUUCCUGAACUGUUUCCAUAUCAGCUUUGCUAGAAGAGUAAUCAGAAACUGAUUUGCAAGAAGUAGUACAUCUGGGAAGCAUUAUAAACCAAAGGCUGGAGCUGCACACAGUGUGCGCACAUGCACUUUAUCCAGGAAGAGAAGCUAGAAGCUGGAGUGAGGGGAUAGGCUGAAGGAAGUAGCCACUGAAUGUUUGUGUAACAGUAAUAAACAACAAAAAUAACAU